AAUGUUAGCAUAAAGUGUACAAGGUUAGUUUUAAGGUCCAAGAUUAAGUGCUGGAGUUGGCUAGAAUGUAUAAAUGGGAUUUGGAAUGAUUCAACCAAACUUAGGGCUAUAAUCUUAGAAUUCUUAAUAAACAUUUAUGCCUUUAAGUGCUCAACUGCCUUUUCCAGGAGUUGGACAAUAUAAAGGACAGACGCCUCUUCAAUUUUCAAUGCCAUUUUAAGGAGCAAAUCAAGGAUAAUUUUCUCAGCACUUGAUAAAUUAUUAAUAACAGCCAUUAGUUGUUUAAAAUUUAAUUUAACCUUAACCAUAAUUGUAAUAUUAGUAAUAAGUUAUUCAAACUCCUCCAUUUCAAAUAACAUAACCAGCUUAAAUAGAGAGGAAGGUGAAUUAUAUUCCAUAAAAAAAAUAAAUAGUAAAAAUGGAAGAACAAGAAAUUGAGGAAAUUGUUCCAGUAGAGAGAACAAUUGUAGAAUAUAUUCCUGUUUAAACAAUAAUAGGUAUAAAUAAAAAAAUAUAAUUUUUAGAGAAAGUACCAAUUCCUGUUGAAAUACCAUAUGAAGUUAUGAUACCAAAACCCUAUUAAUAAGAAAUUAGAUAUCCUAAUCUAUAAAACUAAUUUGUAACAGAUGAAAACGGAAAUCCACCUUCUAAUCCUGAAAAUUAAUAUAAAAAUGAAUUUCCUCCAAUCUAAAUCACAAAUUAUGAAUAAAAAUAAGUAUUAGAAAGUGAUGAUGAGGAUGGAGGUGGAACCGAUGAAGAUGAUGAAGAAUUGAUAGAAAAAUAUACACGAAUUAUUGAGGAAAUUAAAUAAAGAAGAAGAAGAAGAAGGCAUAAGUUAGGAUUGAAGGAAGAGGAUGAAGAUGAUUUUAAUUUUAAUUAACUUUCGAAGAGAUUUGGAUCAUAUGGAAAUAAAGGAGAAUUUUCUGAAAGGUAUGAUUAUGGCAAUGGAGGAUUAAGAUAAUCAACAAAUAUGAGGAAUAAAGGAGGAUAUAAAGGUAGAAAUAAAAACUAUACAGAUUAUUUAAAUCUAGGAAGAUGA